AGAAUGGAUCGUUUGGUACAGUCUGUUGUUCAUUCUCUCAGUCUUUCUCUGCCAAAAUGGCUGCCCCCCAAGAGGUGCGUGACGAUUUGCGCUCUGCGAGACGUGAACCUAUCCAGGCCGUCCAAGUUUUUGGCCGCAAGAAAACCGCCACAGCUGUAGCGUACUGCAAGCGCGGACAUGGUGUGUUGAGGGUAAAUGGCCGCCCACUUGACUUAGUGGAGCCCCGCCUGCUGCAGUACAAACUGCAGGAACCCAUCCUACUCCUCGGCAAGGAGAAGUUCUCCGAUGUCGACAUCAGAGUGACGGUCAAGGGUGGUGGUCACGUUGCACAAGUCUACGCCAUCAGACAAGCCAUCUCCAAGGCUCUUAUUGCCUUCUUCCAGAAAUAUGUAGACGAGGCGUCAAAGAAGGAAAUCAAAGACAUCCUCGUUCAAUACGACAGGAGUUUGCUAGUCGCAGACCCCCGUCGCUGCGAGCCCAAGAAGUUCGGUGGUCCAGGUGCCCGCGCCCGCUACCAGAAAUCUUACCGUUAAAACCAGCCUUGGAACCACGUACUGGUAUUGCAUUAUUGUUGUCACAGCAGUGCAAUAUCAUUGCGUGCUUUUAAAAAUAAAAAAAAAUAUAAAAAAUUA